AUGCGCGUUCCAAGCCCUUCCGGUUUACUUCACCUCUCGCUGGGCCUCGCAAUGGCGGUGUUCACGAUGGGCGGGGCGUCUUUACCGCAUCUCCCUGAAACUGCCGGUCUUGCCACUAGGAGUUCCUCGAUGUCCUGCUCCCGAGCAUGCAUGACGGCUAUCAUCACCAAAGUUUUGGACUCCAUGGUGGCCCAUGACCCGUCGACGCUGCCAUUAGCAACGGUCUACAAGGCAACUGAAAAUUCGCACCCAGCAGCGCUGAGUAUGAUGACAUCGUGGCGCACUAUCGUUAAUGUUGCACCGCCUAGCCUGCUGGCAAUCGAUACCCAGCAGGGUACUGGGUACUUCGCCCUAGAUGUCAGCGAGGGCAACAAUGAAGCGCUAUCAAUCCUUCGCGGACGCAUCAAGGUGGUGAACCGAAAGAUCACUGAGCUCGAGUUAUUUAUCAACCGUAACCGCGGUGACCACGGCUUCUCCUACAAUUCUACUCAGCUUUCGCCAAACUAUGCCAGUUUAAUGUCGCCACCGGCUGAUCGGAAGAGAGAUAGCCGGGCCUCUCUCGAGGCUCUAAGCGAGGCUCUAUUUUCGACUACCAAAAACCUAUCAGUUACUAUCAGUGACACCUGCCAGUUCACUGAGUUAGGAUGGAAGGUUGUCGAUACUGGAGUGUACGGCAACGGCACGACCGAGCCUCUCGGCUGUAACUGGCCGGAUAGCCAUCCUACCGAUGACAACGCACGUGUGAACCUGCUUAUUGACGAGGAAUUGGGCUUUGUUGUCACGAGCGGCAUUGUCCCCGGCAAAGUCUACCCGUACAAUGGGAAUGUUUCUGCCUUCAUCCCAAACAAGAUGCCUGCAGCGCAGGAAGCCCAGGACGUGUGGUUCGCGGAGAUGAAGGCUAAAGCAACGCUACCCCUGCUGUCUCCCACAAACGCCACAGGCGAUACUCUCGAAGUGCUCCAGUUUUACAACGGCAAGCUCCAGGCCAUGCAGAUCAAUGUUUACUUGAGCGGCCCGGAUCCAGAGUCCUACUCACAAGGAUCUGGCUGGCUGAAGUUUCGAUCGAUCAAACUAUGA